CAGAAUUGUUCAUAAUUUUCAAAAAUGGUGGGUUCUCGAGCCAUGUUUAUUGCUGUUUUUGUGUUUGCAAUAGCAUUUCAAUCCUCAAUGGUCCAUGCAAACUUCCGAAAAAGCAUGUAUUUCAAUUGGGGUGCUAACCAUUCUUCCAUUCUUGGCAAUGGCGAUGAUCUUCGCCUUGUUUUGGACCAAACUUCCGGAUCUGGUAUUCAAUCGAAGAGAGCGUUCUUAUUUGGAAGCAUCGAAAUGCUUAUCAAGUUGGUUCCAGGGAACUCAGCUGGGACCGUAACAGCAUAUUAUCUAUCUUCGACGGGUGCAAAACACGAUGAGAUCGACUUUGAGUUCUUGGGUAACUCGACAGGAGAGCCUUACACGAUGCACACAAAUAUUUACACUCAAGGUCAAGGUAACCGAGAGCAGCAGUUCAAAUUAUGGUUUGACCCGACCGCGAAUUAUCACAACUACACAAUUCACUGGAACCCAACUGAAAUUGUAUGGUAUGUUGAUAGCGUGCCAAUUCGAGUCUUCAAGAACUACGAGAGUGAAGGGAUCGCGUACCCUAACAAACAAGGGAUGCGAGUCUACUCCAGUUUGUGGAAUGCUGAUAACUGGGCUACAAGAGGUGGUCUAGUCAAGAUCGACUGGACAUCUGCACCGUUUGUGGCUAACUACCGUAGGUUCAGGGCUAGAGCUUGUAAGUGGGACGGGCCCGUUAGUAUUAUCCAGUGUGCCCUUCCCAUUCGGGCCAACUGGUGGACAUCUCCCGUUUACCAACAAUUGAGCUCCAGGCAACAGGGUCAACUCAAAUGGGUGAGGGACAACUACAUGAUCUACAACUACUGCACGGAUUUCAAGCGUUUUAACGGACAGAUGGCACCCGAAUGCUCUAAGCCACAAUUCUAAUAAGAGCAAGGUUAAGAAUUGUUUUCGGCCCAUUUGAACUUUAAUUAUUUUUAUUGUAACAGUUCAUUACUUCAUUGUGUUUUAAUAUUUCAAGUUUCAUGCAUGGCACUUCAGUUUUUCCCUUUUGUCUUCUAUAUAUUUUUAUAAAAUGUUGCAACACUAGUUACUAUA